AUGCUUUACAAAUCACUAACACUCUUACUUGUAGCAACAAUUGCAACUCAAACUUAUGCACUUACAGGCAGUUAAGUCAUAGAAAUCGUUGCAGGCAUGAUGGAUGGAGUUAUUCACAAAGAUGAUCUCGCGGAACUCCAAGCUUGUAUGCAAGGUGCUGAUCAACUUACUGAUGAGUUCGAUACAGCUGUAAGUGACUUCGAGCAAGGUGGAAUCACUGGCUAUACUAGUGCUAUUGAAGUAGUCGCUCAAAUCAUCAACUAAUUGCCACAAGACCUAAACCAAUGUACUUCCAUUGAUGGAGACCUUUCAAAGCUCGGUGAUUGGGCAAAGAUCUUCUUGUAGCCAACUGUUCUCCUCGAGAGAGUGUCUUAUAACCUCUUAGUACAUUUCUCUGAAAUCAAUGGAGACAUCCAAACUGCCUUGACUGAUUACAAGUCACAAUAAUUCUUCAAUUUUGGAGAGGUAAUGGGAGAGGCUCUAGUUCUUGCUACUCAAGAAUGA